GGAGGAAGAGAGAGUGAGAGAGGGAGAGGCCGGUGGGCUGGAGCUCGAGCCCAAGAUGGAGGCGGCGGGCUGCUCGGCUGCCGCCUUGGGCAACGGCGACCCGGCGGCGCCGCGGGAGCGCGGCAUGCUGCCCGAGCGGCUUCAGAGGCGCGAGCAGGAGCGGCAGCUGGAGGCGGAGAGGCGGAAGCAGAGUCGGCAGGACCUAGAGGUGGAAGAGGAGAAGAGCAGCUUCUUGGCCGCCGCCUUAGCCCGCGAGCGGGAGGCGGUGGAGGCGCUUCUGCGGGGCGAGGACGCGGCCGGGCGGCUGGAGGAAGCGGCCGAGCGGCUGCAGGGCCUACGGAAGCUCCUCAACGACUCGGUGCGCUUCCUGUCCAACUACAACCUGCGGCAGGGCCAGGAGGCGCUGGCCCAGCUGCAGGCCGCCCUGGCCCAGCGGCGCCAGGAGCUGCAGCCCGGGAAGCGGUUCGCGUUCAGGGCCCGGCGGAACCAGGCCGCUGGGGCCGCGGGGGUGGAUGCGGCCCCGGCUGCGGAGGCCCCGGCGUCCGCGAGCGCCCGGGUUCCCAAGGAUGAGAACGAGGCGACCCCCGAAACCGGCUGGGCUUGUGGUUUCUCCGACCUGGCGGGCCAGAUCUUGGAGAAGAGGGCCGCCGAGCUGCACCAGCAGGACGUCCUGUUGAGCGGACUGACGGACUGCACGGUCAGGCUGUGGGGCAACCCCAACACCUUGCGACUGGCCCAGGCCCGCGGGUGCCGGGUGCUGUGCGGGCCCGUGUCCACUUCCGUGUUCCUGGAGAACUGCACGGACUGCGUGCUGGCCGUGGCCUGCCAACAGCUCCGAGUGCACACGACCGCGAACACUCGCAUCUUCCUGCAGGUCACCAGCAAGGCCAUCGUGGAGGACUGCAGCCGGAUCCAGUUCGCCCCGUAUACCUGGAGCUACCCCGGGAUCGAGCAGGACUUCCAGAGCUCCGGUUUAGAUCGCAGCAGAAAUAACUGGAACGACGUUGCUGAUUUUAACUGGCUGGUCCGGGGUGUGGCCUCCCCGAAUUGGAGUAUUCUUCCCGAAGAGGAGUGGAAGAUCCCGUGUGACUAGCGCCCCUGAUCUCUACUCUUCGCAAAUACACCUCUCCUCGGAAUGGCUGCUGCUAACAGUUUACAUAUUGUUGAUAGAUUGUGUACACUUAACAAGGCUUUCAGGCUCGAGAUUGCAAGAGGCCCCUGAUUUGUGAUUUCCGAUUAAACUCAUGCUAAUUCUAA